GCCCGUGAGGGGAAGAGGCGGGGGCGGCGGGUUAGCCGCGGGCCGGGCCGGCCGGGGGAUGUCGAUGCCUGACGCGAUGCCGCUGCCCGGUGUCGGGGAGGAGCUGAAACAGGCCAAGGAGAUCGAGGACGCCGAGAAGUACUCCUUCAUGGCCACGGUCACCAAGGCUCCCAAGAAGCAAAUCCAGUUUGCGGAUGACAUGCAAGAGUUCACCAAAUUCCCUACUAAGACUGGCCGGAGAUCCUUGUCUCGCUCCAUCUCACAGUCCUCCACAGACAGCUACAGUUCAGCUGCAUCCUAUACAGAUAGCUCUGAUGAUGAGGUUUCCCCCCGAGAGAAGCAGCAAACCAACUCAAAGGGCAGCAGCAAUUUCUGUGUGAAGAACAUCAAGCAGGCAGAGUUUGGACGCCGGGAGAUUGAGAUUGCAGAGCAAGACAUGUCUGCUCUGAUUUCACUCAGGAAACGUGCUCAGGGAGAGAAGCCUUUGGCUGGUGCUAAAAUAGUGGGCUGUACACACAUCACAGCCCAGACAGCGGUAUUGAUUGAGACACUUUGUGCCCUGGGGGCUCAGUGCCGCUGGUCUGCCUGCAACAUCUAUUCAACUCAGAAUGAGGUAGCUGCAGCACUGGCUGAGGCUGGAGUUGCAGUGUUUGCUUGGAAGGGCGAGUCAGAAGAUGAUUUCUGGUGGUGCAUUGACCGCUGUGUCAACAUGGAUGGGUGGCAGGCUAACAUGAUCCUGGAUGAUGGGGGAGACUUAACCCACUGGGUUUAUAAGAAGUAUCCAAACGUGUUUAAGAAGAUCCGAGGCAUUGUGGAAGAGAGCGUGACUGGUGUUCACAGGCUGUAUCAGCUCUCCAAAGCUGGGAAGCUCUGUGUUCCAGCCAUGAAUGUCAAUGAUUCUGUUACCAAACAGAAGUUUGAUAACUUGUACUGCUGCCGAGAAUCCAUUUUGGAUGGCCUGAAGAGGACCACAGAUGUGAUGUUUGGUGGGAAACAGGUGGUGGUGUGUGGCUAUGGUGAGGUAGGAAAGGGCUGCUGUGCUGCUCUCAAGGCCCUUGGAGCAAUUGUCUACAUCACAGAAAUUGACCCCAUCUGUGCUCUGCAGGCCUGCAUGGAUGGGUUCCGGGUGGUGAAGCUGAAUGAAGUCAUCCGGCAGGUGGACGUUGUAAUAACUUGCACAGGAAAUAAGAAUGUAGUGACCCGGGAGCACUUGGACCGAAUGAAAAAUAGUUGCAUUGUAUGUAAUAUGGGCCAUUCCAACACAGAAAUUGAUGUGACCAGCCUCCGCACUCCAGAGCUAACAUGGGAGCGCGUACGUUCUCAGGUGGACCAUGUCAUCUGGCCUGAUGGCAAGCGGGUCGUCCUUCUAGCAGAGGGUCGUUUACUCAAUUUGAGCUGCUCCACAGUUCCUACCUUUGUCCUUUCCAUCACGGCUACAACACAGGCUUUGGCACUGAUAGAACUUUAUAAUGCACCAGAAGGACGCUACAAACAGGAUGUGUACUUGCUUCCUAAGAAAAUGGAUGAGUAUGUUGCCAGCUUGCACCUGCCAUCAUUUGAUGCCCACCUCACAGAGCUGACAGAUGACCAAGCAAAAUAUCUGGGACUCAACAAAAAUGGGCCAUUCAAACCUAAUUAUUACAGGUAACUUGGAAGAAAGCAAUGAAAAGUUCUUCCCCAAUAUUAGACCAGCCAGUCUAGUCUAGCCAGGUUUCUUCAGUAAAGAUACGUGUCAUGUGUGAUACCUAAGAGUAUAAGGCCACCACUGCAGGUUAGCAGGAAUGACUGGGUUAUUCAGGAUUGCGUGCUUGCCUAGUAUAGUGAGGUUCAGUCCCCACCUCUACAGAAAACCAAAUUAGCAAGGUAGUCAGAGAAAGUGUGAAUCCACCAAUAGAUGUAAGGAGCUAAGUGUCUUAAGGUCUUAGAAGGUGAGCCUCACCUCAGGAGGAACCCACGCAGGAAUGCCCCCAGUUUGGGCUGGGAGGAAGCUUGGGAAGAUGCUGUGUUGAUCUCAGAAAGUACGUUAACAGGCCCAUCUCUCUCUUUUCAGAUACUAAUGGACGUAUUACAAUGACCAGUCCACACGAACCACGCAACUCUAAUAGAGUAUUUUUUAAGAUAACUUUUAUUUUCUUCUUAUUACUUUCCUUUUGAUUUUUUUUUCUAUAAUUUCAUUUUUUUUCUCAUCUCAUCAUUUGAGUUUUGCAGACCACACAGGAACUUGCUCCAUGGCUGUUUAGGUGAAACUGAGGUCAAAGGUUUCUCACCUUUAGUCACUAAAAGGGGUUAAUUCUGCAGCCCAGAAAGUCAAUUCUUUAACCAUUUCUGGGGACUUUGAUCGCAUUUAGUUACCAUAUUAACAGAAAAUGCUAAGGCAUCUUCUGUGUGGAACAAUCUACAGUGUCUAAAUUGCCUUAAAAGAGACUGUUCUAGCUGCUGGAACUAGUGCUCUUUACUUCUUCAGAGGAGCCAGGAUGGCUCCAGCCAGGUAGGUUAGACGUAGGUGGUGCAUGUCAACUUCCCGUAGACAGACGCUCUAAGCCGUUUCCUGUCUAAGAUGGCGUGUCUGCAGAGAUGUGUGCUGUUAAACUCCGUAGGCUCACUCGGAUUUGUAGUUCAGCCCUUCCACCAGUCUCUCUCAUUGUUCUAGUUUUAACUAAACUGCAUUCUAUCAAGUUGAAUUUUGUCCCUUAGCAUUUAUUUGUUUUGUUUCUUUUAAUUAAGGAAAAAUUUUAGUGUUAAUCCUGAGGAACAGCUCAGGUGGUUAGUUACCAAUAUCUCUUUUGAACCUUUGAAGCAAAGUGUCAAGAGUUGAGGCUAGAAAAAUGCUAGCCUCAGACUCUGAUGUUUCCAGCUCAUAGUUUAUAGUGUCAGUGAACUGGAGCCAUAAGCAAAACUUCUCAGCUCUGCCUCACGCAGCUUAUGCUGACGGCCGAUUUCUUGAGCCAUUACUCAGUAUAAAACACUGAGCCCUGUCCUUAGGGUUUAUCCUUUCAGAGCAAACCUGUGGGCAGCUGUGCUUCUGCAACCUAAACUGUUUGAAGGGAAGUUUGCAUAGAUGGAAGAAAGAAUGACAAAUUGGGCCAAGGUGAAACAAAUAUAACUGUAUAAUCUGUUCAGAGCUGGAGACCUUGUCUGCUGUUAGUUUUAUAGACAUGGUGCCACUUUUGAUUGACACUUGCCACAAAAAUAGAAAAUAAAAAUUGUAAACUGAGAUCUUAAAGACUUGGUGGAGAAAGUACAUCCUGAUUCAUGCUCUAAGAGAAUUCCAAGAGACCCUCUAAAAUCAGAGAGACUUAUUCCCAGGCCACGCACCCGCUUGCCAGCAUCUCUGCAUGGUCAAACGAGCUUCAAGCUCAAGCUUUAGGUAUAUAAUUAUCCGGGAUUUUAAGUCCUCAGCGUGUUCUAGCUUGUGAUCCUUCAAAGAUGGGUUAUGUGUUAAUGAUAGAUACUGGAAAUGUUUACUUCUCUCUUUCACUGAUCAGAGAAACAGGCAUUAAAAACAGAAAUACAAGAAAGGAAAGCUUUUACCCUGCACCUUCCUUGCAGGGAACAAUUAUCUUGCCAAAACUUUUUUCCCUUUCAUCUCCCAUUUCUCUGUACCCAGCCCCUUCCUGCUCCUUUCCAAUGUGAUCAUGCUUUCUUCUCUAUAGAUACUAACAUUUGAAGACCCCUUUCCUAAGGCACUUAACCAUCCAAUCAGAACACCACACUCAGUAGGGCCUUAUCUUGGCUAACAGCAGUGUAUUCAUCUGGUCAGCUCUACUGGAGGGAAGGGGCCAAGUUCCUGCUGCCCUCUAAUCUGCCCUCUGGUCCUAUCUAUUACUGUGUCCAUAGGAAUAAUAGGUAAGGGCUAGUCUCUGUCAAGCCAUGUAACAAAGGACACUGGAAAAUGUCUGGCAUCAGAGGGAACAUUUGGAGACCAACUUGGGAGGAAAAUAUUCAUUUUGUAUUGAAUGAUUUUUAAUGAAUGCAAUAUUAAUCCUUGCAGAUGAGCAAUAAUCAUUAAAGUCAAUUAAAAGUGAUAAGACAUAA